UGCCUUACCACUUCCUGGCUGGUGUUUGAAACAGGCCUCACCCAUAUAUGAGUUCUUGUUUUUGUUUUUAGUCGAUUCAGAAAGAUGGUCGGUUGUGUUGUAGAAGUUACUCGAUCCUUGUAGGAAAGGUGGCAGGACCGUUUGGACGACAUUUCAUCUGAAAGAAGGAUUUCUCCAGACGUGUGGCGAGAGCUGAGUCAAAAGAAUGGCAGACUGUGGAGCUGAAGAGGAAAAGGGCGAAUUCGGCAGUCCUCAGGGAGGAGAGAGAAGAAUGAUCAUUCAGCCAACAUCUUUAGAAGACCCCAAACUCAACAAACUUAAAGAGGUUUUGGUGGAAUGGAUCAACAAAACUCUGAAAGCUGAACACAUUGUGGUGCGAACACUGGAGGAAGACCUCUAUGAUGGACUCGUCUUUCAUCACCUGUUACGCAGGUUAGCAGGUGUUCAGUUACAUGUAGAGGAGAUCGCGUUGAGCACUGACGCACAGAUACGGAAACUAGAGGUGAUCCUGACAGCUCUCAACGAGACCUUAGAGAUGAAUGAGGAAACGGCCAAAUGGAAUGUUAAACUCAUUCACACCAGAGACCUGUUGGCUACAUUGCAUCUUCUGGUUGCUAUGGCGAGGCGUUUCCAACCCGAUCUGGUCCUGCCCGUAAACGUCAGCGUGGAGGUCAUCCAGUGUGAGGUCACAAAAAGUGGCAUCAAGGCAGACAAGCAGACAGAAUUCAUCACAUUUCAAAGUAAUUCCAGUGAAGCGCUAGAGAGAGAAUCUAACAAGGACUGUCCCAUUGAUGAGCUCUUCAAGCUGGAGGCUCACAAAAUUGAGACCGUGAAAAAGGCCAUUUUGCACUUUGUGAAUAAGAACAUAUCAUCUCUGGGACUGAACGUGACCGACCUUGACAAACAGUUUGCAGAUGGAGUGAUUCUGCUCUUGUUGAUCGGUCAGUUGGAGGGCUUCUUCAUUCCACUCUGUGAGUUCUUCCUUUGUCCUGUCGGGAGCUCAGAAAUGCUUCAUAAUGUGACGCUUGCAUUGGAUCUUCUCAUAGACCGAGGACUUCCUGUUCAGUCAGUCGACCCUCAAGAUAUUGUUUCCCAAGAUGUUCCAGCCACUGUGAAAGUGCUGUAUUACUUAUUCAAUAGGCACAAAAACAAAUAAUCUAGCCACUCCAGACCUUUCAAUUCAAUAAAACCUUUCAGAAUGCUUUAAAUAAUCAAACUCACUGUAAAUGUGCAUCUUUCUUCUGACUAAAAAUCAGGGCACAGAGUUGACAGUCAGAUUACUUUGGCACUCAGAGUGUUAGAACACAUUAGAAGCAAUUGUACAGAGUGUCUCUGAACCAUUGAAGAGGCUUCAGAGAGAAAAUGAGAGGACAUGGCCACUCAUCUCAUCAUGGAAAUUGCUUUUGGAUGCUGACAGCUUCAAUUUAAUGUAAUCUUUUCACUCUUCUACUUUCCAAAGUUUUUUUUUCUUUUGGACAGAUGUGCAUUAGUCUUAAUGUAUCGCUCAACAGUUUUCUG